AUGCCAGAGCGUGGACAGCAGCCUAAGAGGCCGCGCCGCGAAGCCGCGGGGCAGGGCAGGGGGAACGGCGGUCAGCCGAACAACACCGUGCAGAGACUUUUGUGCGCUCACGACUCGGCCAUCGAGAAAUUGAAGGCCGCAUUGGUUAUCUUCCUUUUCGUGCCCAAAGCCAUGAACGACGAGGUGGAGAAGGGAAUCGACAAGCUCAUGGGAGGCGAGCAGCCCAUCUUGACUGCAGAGGCCGAGGUGAAGACAGCGCUUACUGCGUUGGUGGCGGUGGUCCAGGCAGGCCGGGCAGAUCACAUUGUCUCUGACAUCACACUGCGCAUCGCCCAGUCCCGGACCGCGGACCAGAGCCCCUAUGAGAUCACGAUUGCCAGCACUAAAGAGGGCAUGAGCUUUCGCACGGCUUUGUUCGGCAUAACUCAGACGGGAGCACCGCAGACCAAUAGUCGUGAGGUGGCGCUUAAGAGCUGGGAAGUGCGGCCCUACCGCCCCAAUCGCCGGGGCGCCCUGGUUCGCGAGCUUACUGGUGGCAACUAG